UUCGGUUGUUUAUUUUACAUUCGUUCUAGAUAUAUUGUAUAUUUUGUGGGUGAAAUGAAAUAAUGCGGAUCCCAAAGUAUUGUGUAUGUAAUAAUAAGCGAGAUUAAGCAUUUUUACAUUACUUUCCAGUGAGUGACCAAAAGAAACGAAUCGUGUGCCUGAGCUGUGUAAACUUAGAAUUAAUAAUCAACUUACCUAAAGAAAAACUCGAGAGGAAUGUACCUAUUUCACAUAUAUUUUGAUAAGUUUUCCACCAAGUCAAAUAACCGACUCAGAUAUGGUGCCUACCCAUCGUUGUCUACCUACACCUGAAGACUUGAAUAGUUAAAAACUUGGAGGUUGGAGUAAAAUAAGAACUGAUUUUGACAGUUAUGAAUUAUUGAUGUGGCUAUAAGUAUUUACAAUAAUAUAAAUGUGCAUACUUGCUUUCUUAAUAAUUAUUGUCAUUUCAGUCAUUGAAUGCCAUGGUAGCAACAAAUAAUUUAUAAAUUUCAGAAUGGGCCCAAGAGCCAUUCAGAAAACUGCUAUCUUAAAGAUGAACCAACUGUAAAAGUUCUAAGACUCACUGCUUCGAGCAAAAUUUUGACAUCAGGCUGCAUCGGAAUGACUUCUAGAACAUGCUGCAUACCAAAGUGUGAAAGUCACAGAAAGCAUGCCCGGCUUUACGAAAUGUCUACAAGAAAUGAUCGCCGCAAAAAGUGGAUAAUGGCGAUUCUGUCAAACUGUCCUGACAUUAAUACUAAGGAAUUGGAAAAGCUAAAAUCUAGUAAAUGGCUAUACGUCUGCCACAAGCAUUUUGAAAGGAAAUUUUUCAACAGAACAAUGCGACUUAGAAAUGGCUGUUUCCCGACGUUAUUCACAGAGAGAGAAAUAGCGACAGGAGUACCAAAGGUUGACCCUAAAACCAUCAUCCAGGAGGCUACCCGAAUUUCAACAAUUGAUCACAUGUAUUAUACUAUUAAGAAAAUCCAUAUUGACCAUACCUACUCAAAGAAAAAUGAGGAUGAAGACGCUUGGAUGGAUCAUGUAUUCUUUCCAACCAAAUCAGGUAAGGCCCAUACACUGUUCGAACCAAAGAUAAAAAGGGGUGAGGUCCACUCUGACCAUUCAUAUGCAUUAAGAAACUUACCCACUGAUACUGCUAAUGCCGAUGGCGCUGCUUCAACCGACGUGCAGUCUGCAUUGCAAGAAGACGAACCAGCAUUUGAAGAGGACAAUGACCAGAUGGAGAGUGAUUCAAGAUUGCCAAAGGACGAAGUCAUGAUAGAUUACAUAAUUGAGCACCCGGUCUCGCCUGGACGCGAUAUUUUCGAAACUAUUGAACCUGAAGAUAAAAAGAAAGACACAAUUUUCUCGUGGGAGAAAACGGAGUUGUUAGAAACAGAUGACCCUGAAGACGAGCCAGUGCUGGUGCCCGAAACGAAGAUACCCGAAGACCUCCCGACGCUGUCCUUAUUCUGCGACGAGCCUGAAAAACCACCUGUCGAAAUAGCGCUCAGUAAACCAGAAGCAGCAGUUGUUCCCAUGGAUGUCGUAUACCGGUGUGUGGACUGUGCAGUGGUCGUUGAUGGGUUCACGUUUUGGUGCGUGCAGUGCUUGUGCGGCGUGCUGUGCGGCACGUGCGCGGAGAUAUCGCCACACAACAUACAUUAUGUGCUGCGCGCGCCAAAGGGCGCCACACUUAGUCAAACGCAGCCAGUUUUAUUAGUCAUACGAGAACAGUUGCAGAAGGAAAACUUACUUACUCUGUAUGGAACUGAUGUUGAUUGUGUGAAGGUGGAAGUGAAACUGGAGCCGGAGGAGCCUCUGUCUGUGUGUGAGGACCCGCUGGCCUGCGCGCCGCGCGCCGCCGCGCCGGGGCGGCGUCACGCGGAGCCCGGACCCGAGGACGCCGACUCCCACUCCGAGGCCGGCCAGUCCUCUGUCGAGGACGUAGAGCCCCGACCCGCAGUACAGAUCUCUCUCGAGGGCGCGGAACCCCACUCCGAGGCCGUGCAAUUCUAUCUCGAUGGCGUAGAACCCCACCCCGAGGCCGUGCAGUUCUAUCUCGAGGCCGUAGAGCGAGGCUCUGAUGCCGUGUUGCUUCAAGUCGAAACCACGAGUCCCGGCACCGAGGAGCUUCAUCAUGAGGCCGCGGGUCCCGAUAAUGAAGCCAGGGAGCUCCAACACGACGUCAGAGCCGAAAAGCGUGUCAACAUGGAAACAGUCAGUCAUCACCAUCCUUUGAAGCGACAUCGGCUAAUGACAAUCCGACCAGGCGACAAACUAAACCCCACCAGCCCAAAAGUUAGCGAUGUCCAACACCAAGCCCUUAAAAGAAUUCCACCGACCAUAAUAUCACAAACUGUCCUAAGACUUCCAGAUGCACCUAGCAAUCGUACAGGGCCAAAAAUUCAACCUAGGGAUCCCAGAAAGUCAGAAACUCUUUCAAAGUGCACACCUACGGAACUUGUGGUGCCACAAAAUGUACAUAAAGGACCUAAUAUUCUCAGAAGAUCAAAAACAAAUAAAGUCGAAAUCAGAAAAUCAACCCUCCUAAAGCGUGACAUGCCCAAAAGUUCAUCUCUUAUGACCCAACAAAUCAAUCCCAGAGGGUUUCCACUCCAAGUAUCACAAAACAUAAAGGGUUUUUCUGGACUAAAAGUUACUUCAGGACCCCGGCGCUACGAAAAUUCAGAUGAUGGCGAUGUAGAGUUUUUGGAUGAAGAAAUAUUGGACACAAACUAUAGUGACAACGAAAUAGAUAGAUUACGUAAAGAAAACCAGAAUGAAUAUAGAAUAGACGAAGAAUUUGUUGGAGAUAUAGAAAGUGAAUUAGGCAACGAUGAUUUGGAAGAUAGUAGAAUAGAUAGAUUAGAUAAAGAAAAUCGGGAUGGCAAUAUAUCAGAUGAAAGUGAAAAAGAUGAUGAAGAAUCAGAUAAAAAUUCUAGUAAAGACAAAGAAAGUGAAAUAGACGACGAUGAUUUAGAUGAAGAUUUUAGAAUAGAUGAACAAGACCGAACAGACGAAGAUUCCAUGGAUGAGAAAAAUAGCGCUGAGGGAGUUUGCAGGAGAACAAGACAUGCAACAAAUGCGACUGUGAGAAAUCAAAGAAAAAGAGUCCAAAAGCUGACAUCAGAAGCCGUGGUGCGGCUGCAGCGCCUUACCUCAUUAGAUAUAAGAAACUGGACGAAUCGCAGUAAAUCGCGAAGGAAAGACUGAAAUAAACGUUAGAAAUUUA